UUUUUGGUAGUGAAAGCGUAGCUAAUGUUACAAUGUUAAGGUUUCCAAAGCUAUGCAAAGAUCUUUCUCAGAGUUAGUCCAAAAGUGCCUGCAAAAUCAAAACCAGUCCCAUCAUCUUAUUCUAAGGCACACUUAUGCAAACCAUGUACAUAAAAUUUACCCCCCAAAAGAGGGAGAGUCUGAAGCAUGGAGCAAUCUCACUUGGGCACUCACCCAAGGUGGCAACAGAACUGAGAUUGCCUUAUCCGAGGCCUCUGGAGUGAUUAAUUCUGGCACCAAACCAAAUGCCUAUGCUCUACUCCAUUUGGUCCGAGCCUCAACCAACCUGGGUUUGAUCCCUUUCGGCCUGCAGCUUCAUAGCUAUAUUCUGCGAUCUGGGUUUGGUUCCAAUGUCUUUGUCUCCACAGCCCUCCUUAAUUUUUACAUCAGAAUUGAGUCACUGAAAUAUGCGCACAAUGUGUUUGUUGAAAUUCCUGAACCCAGUGUAGUGUCUUGGAAUUCUUUGAUUUCUGGGUAUGCACAUGCUGGGCAGUUUCGCGCGGCACUGGGUUUGUUUCUUAAGCUUGAGAGGUCUGAUAUUUGCGCGGAUGCCUUCUCAUUCACUGCCGCAUUAGCUACAUGUGGCCAUCUAAGUUUGUUGCGGCUUGGCGAGUCAAUUCACUCCAAAAUUGUGAAGUCUGGCCUAGAGUGGAGUGUCGUUGUUGCGAAUUGCUUGGUUGACAUGUAUGGAAAAUGUGGGUAUGUGCAAGAGGCUAUUCGGGUCUUUGAUAGCAUAAUUGAUAAGGACAUUAUUUCAUGGAAUACAGUUAUAUCUGCAAGUGCCAGAAACCGAAAACUUGAACAAGCAUUCAGUUAUUUGAGGCAGAUGCCUGAACCUGAUACAAUCUCAUAUAAUGAAUUGAUCAAUGGCAUUGCACAGUUUGGCAACAUGGAAGAUGCUAUUCAGAUUUUGUCGAGUAUGCCAAGCCCGAAUUCAUCUUCAUGGAAUUCAAUAAUAACCGGAUAUGUAAACCGGGAUCUUUCAUGGGAAGCGCUAGACUUCUAUAGCAAAAUGCAGUCAAAAGACAUUGAAAUGGAUCGGUUCACAUUUUCAAGCAUUUUGAGUGGCAUUGCAAGUCUGGCGGCCUUAAAAUGGGGGGUGUUGAUCCAUUGUUGCACUAUAAAGUGUGGCUUGGAUGAGUCUAUAGUUGUUGGGAGUGCUCUCAUUGACAUGUACUCCAAAUGCGGGCAGGUAAAGAAUGCUGAAAUGUUGUUUCAGUCACUACCCAGAAAGAAUUUGGUAACUUGGAAUGCAAUGAUCUCUGGCUUUGCUCACAAUGGCAACUUCACUGAGGUGAUCAAACUGUUUAAGCAGUUGAAAACUGAGAGGGACUUGAAACCCGAUGGGAUUACAUUCCUUAAUGUUCUAUUGGCAUGUUCACAUAAUCAAAUUCCAUUACAGGUUGCCAUCCAGUACUUUGAGUCUAUGAUAAAAGACCAUGGGAUUGAACCAACAGCUGAGCACUGUUGCUCCAUGAUUCGGCUUAUGGGACAGAGAGGUGAGGUUUGGAGGGCAGAGCGAAUGAUAUGCGAACUGGGAUUCAGCUCGUGUGGGCUGGUCUGGAGAUCUUUGCUUGGUGCAUGUGGAGCUUGUGGGGAUUUGGACGUUGCAGAAGUUGCAGCUGCGAAGGUGAUUGAAUUGGAGGGUCAUAAUGAGUUUGUGUAUGUGAUGAUGUCUAACAUGUAUGCAUGUUAUGGGAAAUGGGGAGAUGUCAGUGUAGUUAGGAAGCUGAUGAGGGAGAGAGGGGUGAGAAAAGGAGCUGGCUGCAGCUGGAUUCAGGUGGCAAAUGUGAUCCCAGCUUCAUCCAUGAUGGGAUGACCAGUGGCAUCUCUUUUACUACAAAAUCCAAAUUGCCAACAUGGGUGUGAAAAAUGAGUUGGGUUCGCUUUUACUUUACCCUGCUUAAUGGGACAUGUUACUUUCCAUUA